AACAAAGAGAUCCAUGGAUACAGCCAAGUGAUCAUACCCAAUAUGGUAGCCAUAUUUAUUUAUACACAGAAAUGGUGACGCUAGAAAACGAGUAUUACCUAAGGACCAUUCUGCUUUUGUGUGAAGGUGGUGCAUAUAUUGCCAAACAGAUUAUAGGUCGAGAGCUACCAAACCAUGGAGGGGACUUAGACACAUUGUUAAAACAAUACAAGAAUAAACUCAGACAUGAAUUUCAUGAGAAACAAAUGGAAAAGUUAUUUCCAAACAACGGGUAUGACAGAACUGACGUCAAUAAAUGGGAUAUCCAAAUGCUUAUUGGCGUGAUGCUUCUCCUGUUCCGUAAAUCACUGAGUGAUGAAGAAAAACAAAAAUUGAAAGAAAUCAAGCUCAUUAGGCACGAAGUUCUAGCACAUAGUCCAUCUGCAUCAUUAUACUUAGAAAAAUAUGAGGACGUGCAAAAAGACCUUAGAGAUGCGAUUAACACAUUAGCUAACGGUUUUGACCAAACUAUCGAAGAUAAAUGUAAAGAAUACAUUACAACUUACGCAUCUGAACCUUUGGAGGUAAAGUCUGCAAUUAAGAGAUUACAGGAGGCGAAGGAUACUGACGACCUCUUUCAGGAAGUCAUUACUGUUAUUAGAAAAUCACAGGAAACGUUGUCAAAUGAAAUACAUGCAGUUGAAAGUACUGUUAGGCAAGACUUAAAAGAGACACAGCUAGCUUUCUCUAAAGACCUUAGACAGGAGGUUGGAAGGACAAAGGAAAAUUUAACAGAUAAACUGAACCUUGUUGAGGACAAUGUCAGGCAAGAUGUUAAAACAACGAAAGAAAAACUAGCAGAACAAAUGGAGAAAAUAGAAGGAGCCCAAUGUAAUACUUUUCAGGGUCUGACUGAAGUUAGCUCUCAAAUCAAAGCUUUACAGCAAUGGUUGGUAGAUAAUUUAAAAGAACAGCGGAACAGAACCAACGAAGAUUUGAACAGUAUGUCGCAGCAAUUACAGCAUAAGGCUGAAGACAUUGAGUUCAAAGUACGAUCAUACGACGAAACCUCUUCACAACCAAUCGACAGAGGCAACGUAGGCAUACCGGCAAGUUGAUUUCACACUUUGUUUAUUAAAAUGUUUCAUAUUGCAUUGUAAAACAUACAGACCUGUAAUAGCAGUACUCACCGAGGACAAAGUAAAAAUAAUCUUUGCAUAAUAAUUAUUCAAUUGAAGGUUUUUAAGUAUUGUACUGGUCUUAAAUUCUU